AUGCCUAAUGAUGGAUCAUCAAUGCUGAAAGAUUCAUCAGAUGAGAACACUGAGCCACCCGCAGUUGAACUUUAUGAUUAUAUAUUAGUUUUCAACAAUCCUUUUGACUCAGAAAAGAAAGGCUACAAAUGCAAGCUUUAUGAUUAUGAUGUAUCUUCAGAGAAAGCUGAAAUUAAAUUUCGAAGGUUCUUUAAUAUAAGUGAAGAUGAAUCUGCCUAUAAAGAAGCUGCUGACAGAAUUCGAAGCCACAUUGAUGGAAAGACAACAAUUAAAAUGCAAAUUUUGGUUCAAGAAUUCUUAUUAACAACUUUAAAAAUUUUUCAAGAUUAUUUGCAACUUGACGUCACGGUAACACUUUCACUACUAGGAGAUAAAUUCUUUUUUAAACUGAUUAGUAUUGAGCGUAAUCUUAAAGUUCAAGCGGAUUUAGUGGAUUAUCAACUUCAGUUUCAGCCUCAUGCAGAUGAUGAUUUAGAUUUUCAAAAAGUACCACCUUAUGGCCCUUAUGAAAGAGAUGCAGAGAAUAAAGGAAGUGAGAAAGGUAAUUUUUAUUUAGUAAGAAUAUACAAGCGAUACGAUAACUUAGGGAAUGAAACCCCAGAUGGGAGCAUAUUUAAGCAUAAAGAUCGGAUAAGAUUGGUAUACAGUAUGAUAUCAAGUGUUAUUGAGCUUGGAGAAUUAACGACACAAAAAAUUCUUGAUGCUCAAUUUCCACAGCACGAUCAUCGGAUAUUAACAUAUUUUGAUAAAGAAUGAGUAACUUUCAGGCAUUUUUGGAGGCACCAAAACAUUGAAAAAAUAAAUGAUUAUUUCGGAGAAAAACAAUCAAUGUACUUUGCGUGAUUAGAAAAUUAUAUAUGAUGGCUUACUAUCCCUUCUAUCUUUGGAAGCAUUUUUGGAAUUAUUAUUUAUUCGGCCGAUUCUGGCCCUUCUGAUUCAAUAAAUGCAGGUGAAGUUUGCUAUUUUUUAUAUGCAUUUCUUUUGAGUAUUGGAAGUACUUUUAUGGACCAAAUAUGACUAAGAAAAGAAAAAGUAUUAGGAUGGAAAUGGGGAGUUUGCGACAUAAAAGGUCAGGAAGAGCAAAGGCCUGAAUACAAAGGAGUAUAUCAAAAAGACCCGAUAUCUGGAAAAAUGAAAAAAAUACAUGAGAAGAAAAGACACUCGAUUUUGAAAAAUGUUUUAGGUUUGAGCACAAUAAUAUUUUUUGUAACAGUUGUAAUUGCUUCAUUAAUAGCAAUUUUCUUUUACAGGGCAAAUAGUAAUGACGAUUCAUGAGGACCAAGAAUUGCAGGAAUCUUUAAUGCAAUUCAAAUAAAAAUUUUGAAUAUCAUUUACAAAAAAAUUGCUGUAGUGCUGACUGAUUGGGAAAAUUAUGAAACUGAAUCGGAAUAUCAGAAUGCACUUACAAUAAAGCUUUUUGCUUUUCAGUUUGUUAAUUCUUAUUCUUCACUGUUCUAUAUUGCAUAUUUUAAAGGGAGAUAUGAAGGCUGUGAAAGUGAAAACUGUGUAUAUGAGCUUGGAUUCCAAUUGGGAAUAAUUUAUAUUAUCACUCUUUGCCUAAAUUUGAUCGAAAUUGGCUUGCCAAUCUUUCAAAAUUAUAUAAAUCUUUAUAAAGAAAAUAAAAAAAUCAAAGAAAAUGAUGCCCAGAUUGGUUUAUCUGCUGAAGAAAUUGAAUAUAAUUUAAUUCAAUAUGAGACCCCUUUAGAUGAUUAUAUGGAAGUAAUUAUUGGAUAUGGCUAUGUCGUUUUAUUCGGGAUUUCUUUUCCAUUCAGUCCUUUGCUGACUUUAUUUCUCUGCAUUAUAGAGCUUCGAGUUGAUGCAUGAAAAUUAAUCAAGGCAACAAGAAGAAUCUUUCCUGCACAAGAAAGCUCAAUUGGAGUGUGAAUAGUAAUUAUUCAAAUAAUUUCGUUUAUAGGAGCCGGCACAAAUAUGGGGCUAAUAACAUUUACUAGAAAUGUCUUUCACUUAAACUCAGCAAUUGACCAGUGGAUUUGCUUCAUAGCUUUAGAGCACUCUCUUUUUAUUUUAAAAAUGAUACUUUCUGUUUUUAUUCCUAAUGUUCCUGGAAUAGUUGAAAAUGGCAUAAAAUGAAGUACUAGAGUAAGAGGAGAAAUAUUAUGGGGGAAACUUUCUGAUAUCGACAAAGAAAGAGAAGCUAGAAAUUUAGUAUUUGAACCACUUGAAUAUAAAAGAAAAUAUGAUUUGAUAGAAAUCGCGGACAAAACCUUUACCGAUUAUAAUAAAAAUGAUUAA